AUGGCUAAGGGGAAGGAUAAGCAGGGGAAUACCCUGGCUCGUAUCCUGAAGGCCUACUCCAGCGGCGAUCUCGACGACAAGCUGAAACCAGUCGAGAAGAAGCCUGGCAAACAGGCACAUCCACGAGGGACGAAACGAGCCCGUGAUGGCUCGCCGGUCGAGGAGACCCAUGCCAUCACAAAACCGAAAGAGCCGAGAGGGGUCGAAGCGGGUUUGAAAGAGCGCCAGGAGAAGAGGAUCAAAUCAGAAAACACGAAGAGCACGCCCAACCCAAAGCCAUUCGGCAAAGGAGCGCAAAAAGGGCAGAAGCCAAACCCCUUACUUGAGGCCAGGAAAGCGCUCCCCAUAUGGCCGCAUGCCCAGUCCAUCCGCGCCGCACUCAAAAAGAACAACGUCCUCGUCUUGACUGGAGAAACCGGCUCGGGAAAAUCUACCCAGGUGCCUCAGUUCCUGUUGUCCGAGCCUUGGUGCCAGAAAUGCAUUGCCGUCACCCAGCCUCGCCGGAUGGCUGCUAUAUCCCUGGCUCGGAGAGUGGCUCAGGAGAUGAGUUGUCCGCCUCCCGGCCGGGUUCCAGGGGCAAAAGUGGGCUACAGUGUGAGGUUUGAUAAUGCGACGGGGCCUCAUACUAGGGUCAAGUUUCUGACUGAGGGCAUGCUGCUCCAAGAAAUGGUUCGGGAUCGUGAGAUGGAGGAGUAUAGUGCGAUAAUAGUGGAUGAAGUCCACGAGAGGAGUGUCAAUGUCGAUCUGAUCCUAGGAUUUCUCAAGAAUCUUCUGUCGGAUCUGGAAAACGGGAGGUUGAAGAAGAGGAAAAACCCGCUGAAGGUGGUAGUCAUGAGCGCUACGGUAGAUGUGGGGGCGUUGGUGCAGUUCUUUGGCGAGGGUUCGAAAGAGAGUGAGGACACGCAACAGACACUGCAUUCCGAUGUUUCCUCAACGCUGGUCGGCACGCAGCAGAAUCAGGAUAUAUCGACAUGCUACAUUGAAGGACGGCAGUACCCUGUACAAACCAUCUACCUCCCUGAGCCCACGCAAAACUGGGUGGAAUCCGCUUUGAUUCACAUCUUCCAGAUCCAUCGUAAAGAGCCUUUACCCGGUGACAUUCUGGUAUUCCUGACGGGUCGGGAAAAAAUCGAGAAGUUGGAGAAGCUGGUCAAUGAAUAUGCGGAGGGGCUGGAGGACAGUCUGCCAAAGCUUCUUGUCCUGCCACUCUUCUCCGCUCUGCCCCAGCACGCCCAGCAACGUAUCUUCAUGCCAACACCUCAUCGCACACGCAAAGUCAUCUUGGCAACAAACGUCGCCGAAACUUCAGUCACGGUUCCUGGUGUACGAUACGUUAUUGACUGCGGCAAGUCAAAAAUCAAAGAAUAUCGAAACGCCCUCGGCCUCGAGUCCCUUCUCGCAAAGCCGAUAUCCAAGUCCGCCGCUGACCAACGCAAAGGCCGCGCCGGCCGCGAAGCGCCUGGAAAAUGCUACAGGCUGUACACGGAAGACGGGUACAAUGGAUUUGCCGAUCGAACCCAGCCCGAGAUCUUGAGAUGUGACCUAAGUCAUGCACUCCUCACCAUGGUGGCAGCAGGAAUAGGGCUCCGCGAUGUUUUCAGCUUCCCUUUCCUGGACCCACCACCACGUGGUGCCAUCGAGAGGGCUGUAGCGUUGCUCCACGACAUCGGCGCAGUUACAGAGGAAGCCGAAAUCGCCAACGACGCUCUCACCAUGGCCAAGUUCCCACUCACGCCUGCACUAAGCCGCGUGUUAAUCGAGGCAGCAACUCCUGAACGGAACUGCCUCGAGGAUGUCGUCGACAUUGUCUCCGCACUCAGCACCGAGGAUAUCUUCCUCAACCUCGCCAAUGAGGAGCGAAAAAAGGAGGACGCUGAGGCGGCACGACGUGGAUUCUAUCGACGCUCUGGCGAUCACAUGACGCUCCUUGCCGCCGUGCAGGGCUACCUCGAAGAAACCUCGGAUCGGAAAGCGUGGUGCGCCAAACACUUCAUCUCGCAUCGGGCCAUGCAGAACGUCGUCAAGGUGCGCAAGCAGCUGCUCGAACUAUGCCAAAGACUCUCUCUAGUCCCGAAUUCUUCAUCAUCAGUAGAUCCACCCACCGCUAAUGCGUCGCCGGAAGAGCACACGAAGAGAGUCCUUCAAUGCUUCGCGCGCGGGUUCAUGAGGAAUAUCGCGCGGCUGAUGCCGGAUGGGAGUUAUCAGACGCUCGUGUCGAAGCAGACUGUGGCUAUCCAUCCGAGCUCGGUGCUGUAUGGGAGGAAGACGGAUUAUCUUCUUUUCACGGAGUUUGUGUUUACGAAUAGGGCGUGGGUGAAAGGGGUGAGUGCGCCGGAUGUGGGGGCGUUGGAGGAGGUUAUGAGGAAGGUGGUUUUGGGGGAUGGGGAUGGGGAGUAG